AUCGCGACGCGUUCAGAGUGGUUGAAAAUUUUUAUGGGGGGCAUACGGAGCCUUUUCCUCUUUUUUUAACUGCUUCUAAGCCUGGUGGUGCGCUCGUCGUCGUGUCACAGAUUUUACUAGCUGUUCAGAAGGUCCUAAUAUCGUCAAGAGUGCCCGUAAUGUCAGCUGUCGACGAUGUCUACGAAAGCUGGGAAGAAAUGGAGGAAUCUGGGGUGCUGGACAAAAAAUUAAAAGCACUGAAAUUGAAUCCCUUGGAAGGUUUAGACGAUGUUGAACCCCAGAGUCGGCACAGCUUAACAGGUACUGAGAAUUCAAAUACAAGGAUGAUCAUCCUUGGUGAAGAUGGCAUGCGCACUCAAUACGUCCCGCCGAAACCUACAGUGAAAAUCCUCAAAAGGCCGGCAAGGCACUCCCAAGGCAGCGGAGACGGGCCUCUCCUCAAUGGAGACGGCAAACCAAAGCAGCCCAUAAAAUCCCUAAAACAGUCGAAACAACUUUCUUCAAUUGAUGGAGUAACUUUUAGAGGGAGCAAGAAUAUGCAGAGGCACGCAAACGUAUUCUGGGAGAGGAAAAAAGUCCGGAAGAGAAAUUGGUCUGUGAAGUAAACAGGAUUCAGCCAAAGCCACCGAGUCCUCCAGGGAGUAAUCUCCCCGCAAAUGUGCUACGGAUGCCAAUUGGCCCUGAUGGAACCCGAGGUUUCCAUGUCCGCAGGUAGCGCUGUUACCAGGGUCUUUCCCUCCUCACCCAUCUUUAUCCUCUUGGUCCCUCCCCUGCCCCAGGGGAGGCGGAGAGGCGGCUAUGAGGCCGACCGCAGAAUUCUAAAAGCAGCUCCACGCUUCUUGGCAGCUGAGACCGUGGCGUCUUUGGAAACAACGAGGAGUUUGCUUGGAUCUGCGUCCAACAGGCCACAGAGCACCACCGCAUAUUGCACAGCGCCCAACACACGUACCAAUGAUAUGAAAUGCUAAUUACAUAAUAACGUGACACUGUUGCCAAAAAAGAAAAGAAAAGAGAAAAAAAACUACACAAAACAAAUAUUCACACAAUACCAAUUCGACAUUGUUUUUAUUAAGUUUUUUUUUUAUUUUCAUUUUCUUGUUUUUGUUACAAAUGGACCAGAGGUUCUUGAUUCGAAUGGGAUCGUCAGAACUAGGAAAAAAUUUUAUUUAUCUUAAUAACAGACGAAAGAUGCAGAAAAUCGUUUCUUCUCCAUCGCAAUGCUUGACAAGAAUUUUUGUGCCGAUAUCGAGAACUCUAACACAUACAUUAUACCUUCAAUAAUAUAAAAUAUUCCUGUUGUA